GAGCGGGUGCGCGGACCCAGGCGCGAGCGCGCCAGCCCCCAGUGUGUGGCAGCGGCGGCGGCGGCGGCAGCAGCGCGGCGAGGCUGAGGCUCUUGUUUACCAGCAUUAACUCCGCUCGGCGGAGGAAAAAAAAAAAAGAGGGGGAAAAACCUGCGGACACGCGAGCGCACCGGGCGAGCUCGAGAGAGGCGGGCGAGCCAGGGGGACGCAGCCCGUGCGUCUGCCCCCGGCGCGCCCGUGCGGGUGCCUGCAGACCCUCGGCCCCGCUCCCCGGGCCCUCCACGCCCCUCCCGCGCCGGGGGAGCUCCACGGCGCGCCGCGCGCCUCGGCUUUGACCUUCAGCUGAGCCGGAGCCCCCACGCGCGGGGCCGGCGGCGGCGGCAGGCGGGGGCCGACGCGGGGCGGGCGCGGGAGCGCUGAGCGCGGCGCGGGCGGCCCGCCGCUUUGUGUGCGCCCUGGAUUUGGGCAGGAGCUCGCGGCGGCGGCGCUGAGGGAGGCGGCGGCGGCGAGCCCGCAGGACCAGCCGGAGCGGAGCCGCUCAUUCAUUUCUGACUCCGCAUCUCGGCCUCGCCCGCGCCCGGCACUUCGGGCAAAGCUUGCGAACUGCAGCGCGCCCUCCCGCCGCCCCCUGGGGUCGGGGUCGGGUUUGUGUAGCCGUAGCCGGGACGGAUUUGGGCUUUGCCCCCUCUCGGUGCAGUUGCCCCCCCCUCCUCCUGCCUCUCUCUCUGCUUUGAAAAUGGAGGCCUUGGCCGCCGAGCUCCCGCCCCGGUGCGCCCCGGGUUCCCCAGUGCGCCCAGCCCUCGGCCGCCGCUGAGCGUCCCCCGCGCCGCCCGCCCCGUCGCUCCGCCUCGGGAGACCUGUUUCCGUCGCCCUCGCCUUUGGAAAAGGGGGCGAAGACUGCGCUGGUGACUUUCCCUCGCCCUCCCCACCCCUUUUUUUAUUGCUGAGAGAGGAGAGUUUGGCCCUAAGCCGCAGGGAUGAAGUCGCCCCUCGGAGGAGGGUCCCUGGCCUCGCUGUGGGCGCUCCUGCUUCUGGCCGCCGCGCUCGCCUUCUGGCCGACGAGCGGAGAAAUCUGCGGCCCCGGCAUCGACAUCCGCAACGACUUCCAGCAGCUGAAGCGCCUGGAGAACUGCACGGUGAUCGAGGGCUACCUGCACAUCCUGCUCAUCUCCAAGGGCGACGACUACCGCAGCUACCGCUUCCCCAAGCUCACGGUCAUCACCGAGUACCUGCUCCUGUUCCGCGUGGCCGGCCUGGAGAGCAUCGGCGACCUGUUCCCCAACCUCACGGUCAUCCGCGGCUGGAAGCUCUUCUACAACUACGCGCUGGUCAUCUUCGAGAUGACCAACCUCAAGGACAUCGGCCUGCGCAACCUGCGCAACAUCACCCGCGGCGCCAUCCGCAUUGAGAAGAACGCCGACCUCUGCUACCUGUCCACCGUGGACUGGUCCCUCAUCCUCGACGCCGUGUCCAACAACUACGUGGUGGGGAACAAGUCCCCCAAGGAGUGCGGCGACGUGUGCCCGGGGGCCCUGGAGGGGAAGUCCACCUGCGACCGGACCACCAUCAACAACGAGUACAACUACCGCUGCUGGACCCAGGACCACUGCCAGAAAACCUGCCCGAGCGCGUGCGGGAAGCGGGCGUGCACGGACAACAACGAGUGCUGCCACCCCGAGUGCCUGGGCGGCUGCACGGCCCCCGACGACGAGGCGGCCUGCGUGGCCUGCAAGCACUACUACCACGAGGGCGUCUGCGUGACCGACUGCCCCCCCAACACCUACCGCUUCGAGGGCUGGCGCUGCGUGGACCGCGACUUCUGCGCCACCAUCCCCAACGCCGACAGCUUCGAGCUGGAGGGCUUCGUCAUCCACGACGGCGAGUGCAUGCAGGAGUGCCCCUCCGGCUUCAUCCGCAACGACAGCCUGAGCAUGUACUGCAUCCCCUGCGAGGGGCCGUGCCCCAAAAUCUGUGAGGAAGACAAGGGGACAAAGACCAUCGACUCGGUGACCUCGGCUCAGAUGCUCCAGGGCUGCACCAUCUUCAAGGGCAACCUGCUCAUUAACAUCCGCAGGGGCAAUAACAUCGCCUCGGAACUGGAGAACUUCAUGGGGCUCAUCGAGGUGGUCACGGGCUACAUCAAGAUCCGCCACUCCCACGCGCUCGUCUCCCUGUCCUUCUUUAAGAGCCUCCGCCAGAUCCUCGGGGAGGACCAGCUGGAGGGGAACUACUCCUUCUACGUCCUGGACAACCAGAACCUGCAGCAGCUGUGGGACUGGGACCACCACAACCUGACCAUCAAGUCCGGGAAGAUGUACUUCGCCUUCAACCCCAAGCUGUGCGUGUCCGAGAUCUACCGCAUGGAGGAGAUGACCGGGGCCAAGGGGCGCCAGGGCAAAGGCGACAUCAACACCCGGAACAACGGGGAGCGGGCCUCCUGUGAGAGCGACAUGCUGCACUUCACCUCCACCAACACCUGGAAGAACCGCAUCAUCGUCACGUGGCACCGGUACCGGCCCCCAGACUACAGGGACCUCAUCAGCUUCACCGUCUACUACAAGGAAGCGCCCUACAAGAACGUCACCGAGUACGACGGCCAGGACGCCUGCGGCUCCAACAGCUGGAACAUGGUGGACGUGGACCUGCCCGCCAACAAGGACAUGGAGCCCGGCAUCCUGCUGCACGGCCUGAAGCCCUGGACGCAGUACGCCAUCUACGUGAAGGCCGUGACCCUGACCGUGGUGGACAACGACCACAUCCGGGGGGCCAAGAGCGGCAUCCUCUACCUCCGCACCAACGCCUCAGUGCCUUCCAUCCCCCUGGACGUCAUCUCGGCCUCCAACUCGUCCUCCCAGCUGAUCGUCAAGUGGAACCCGCCCUCCCUGCCCAACGGCAACCUGAGCUACUACAUCGUGCGUUGGCAGCAGCAGCCGCAGGACGCCUACCUGUACCAGCACAACUACUGCUCCAAAGACAAGCUCCCCGUCCGCAAGUACACGGACGGCACCUUCGACAUCGAGGAGGUGACGGAGAACCCCAAGACCGAGUCGUGCAACACCCCCAAGGGGCCCUGCUGCGCGUGUCCCAAAACCGAGGCCGAGAAGCAGGCGGAGAAGGAGGAGGCCGAGUACCGCAAAGUCUUCGAGAACUUCCUGCACAACUCCAUCUUCGUGCCCAGGCCCGACAGGAAGCGCAGGGACGUGGGGCAGAUCUCCAACACCACCCUGUCCGGCCGGAGCAGGAACAGCACGGUGACGGACCCCUUCAACAGCACGGACUCGGACGACAGGGAGACGGACUACCCUUUCUUCGAGAGCAGGGUGGACAAGAAGGAGAGGACCGUCAUCUCCAACCUGAAGCCCUUCACCCUCUACCGCAUCGACAUCCACAGCUGCAACCACGAGGCCGAGAAGCUGGGCUGCAGCGCCUCCAACUUCGUCUUUGCGAGAACCAUGCCUGCAGACGGAGCGGAUGACAUUCCCGGGCCGAUAACCUGGGAGGUGAAGCCUGACAACACCAUCUUCUUAAAGUGGCCCGAACCGGAGAAUCCCAACGGACUGAUUCUCAUGUAUGAGAUAAAAUACGGAUCGCAGGUCGAGGACCAGCGGGAGUGCGUGUCGCGGCAGGACUACCGGAAGCACGGAGGGGCCAAGCUGCAGAAGCUCAGCCCCGGGAACUACACGGCCCGCAUCCAGGCCACCUCUCUGUCGGGGAACGGGUCCUGGACGGAGCCCGUGUUCUUCUACGUCCAGGACAAAGCAGCGUUUGACAGUCACGCCCACCUGGUCAUCGCGCUGCCCAUCGCCCUCGUGCUGACCGUCUUGGGGCUGGCCCUCACGCUAUACAUCAUCCACAGGAAGCGUAAUCGGAUGGGGAAUGGAGUGCUGUACGCAUCUGUGAACCCGGAGUAUUUUAGCGCAGCCGACGUGUACGUGCCCGACGAGUGGGAGGUGGCCCGGGAGAAGAUCACCAUGAACCGGGAGCUGGGCCAGGGCUCCUUCGGCAUGGUGUACGAGGGCGUGGCCAAGGGCGUGGUCAAGGACGAGCCGGAAACCAGGGUGGCCAUCAAGACCGUCAACGAGUCGGCCAGCAUGCGGGAGCGGAUCGAGUUCCUCAAUGAGGCCUCGGUGAUGAAGGAGUUCAACUGUCACCACGUGGUGCGUUUGCUGGGCGUGGUGUCCCAGGGCCAGCCCACCCUGGUCAUCAUGGAGCUCAUGCCCCGCGGAGACCUCAAGAGUUACCUCCGGUCUCUGAGACCGGAAAUCGAGAGUUCCCGCCGGUCGCCAGAUGUCGUAAAUGUUUCCCUCCACGUCCCGCGUGGCUCAGGGUUCAGGAUCUGGAAGAGGAGCCGCACACAAAUCAAAGAGAAAAGACACGAGAUAAUUUGGAAAUAUUGGGGGAACAGGCAGAAUCACCCCGUCCUCUCGCCGCCGACCCUCAGCAAGAUGAUCCAGAUGGCCGGGGAGAUUGCGGACGGCAUGGCGUACCUCAACGCCAACAAGUUCGUCCACAGGGACCUGGCUGCCCGGAACUGCAUGGUGGCUGAAGAUUUGACUGUCAAGAUCGGAGACUUCGGCAUGACUCGCGACAUCUACGAGACCGACUAUUACCGGAAGGGCGGGAAGGGGCUGCUGCCUGUGCGCUGGAUGUCCCCCGAGUCCCUCAAGGACGGCGUGUUCACCACCCACUCUGAUGUCUGGUCCUUCGGCGUCGUGCUCUGGGAGAUCGCCACGCUGGCCGAGCAGCCCUACCAGGGCCUGUCCAACGAGCAGGUCCUGCGCUUCGUCAUGGAGGGCGGCCUUCUGGACAAGCCCGACAACUGCCCCGAUAUGCUGUUCGAGCUCAUGCAGGUGUGCUGGCACUUCAACCCCAAGAUGAGGCCUUCGUUCCUGGACAUCAUCGGCAGCAUCAAGGACGAGCUGGAGCCCGGCUUCAUCGAGGUGUCGUUCUACUACAGCGACGAGAACAAGCCGCCCGACACUGAGGAGCUGGACCUGGACCCCGACCAGCUGGAGUGCGUGCCCCUGGACCCGUCGGCCUCCUGCUCCUCCCUGCCGCUGCCCGAGCGCCACUGCCCACACCACCACCACCACCACGACGGCCGCGAGCGCUACUGCCGCCACCACCACGACGGCCGCGAGCGCUACUGCCCGCGCCACCACCACGACGGCCGCGAGCGCCACUGCCCGCACCACCGCCAUGAGAACGGCCGCGAGCGCGAGCGCCCCUGCCCGCACCGCCCCGAGAACGGCCUGGGCCACCGCGUGCUGGUCUACCACCGGGCCAGCUUCGACGAGAGGCAGGCGUACGCGCACAUGAAUGGGGGGCGCAAGAACGAGAGGCCCGUGCCUCUCCCGCAGUCCUCCACCUGCUGAAAUGGGACCCGGUCCCGCGAGCAGGGCCCCGUGUGUGUGUGUGCGUGCGUGUGCUCGGCGGGCGGGGGGCGGGCCCCCACCAUCUGGCCACGGCCGCCUGCGCCCCCGAGGUCUGCAGCGCCGCCCUGCUGCCCACAGGCAGGCCUCUCCCCCAUACACACACACACACGGGAUGUUCCCUUUUUUCAAUAUGCAAGCAGCUUAUUGCCCUGCCCAAACCCUUAACUGACACGGCCUUUACGAACCUUAAUGACACUUAAAGCAACAGAACACUAGAGAAUCGAGUCUCCUCACUCCUUCUCUGCCUCUCUCUCUCUGAUCUCUCCGCUCUCUCUCCCUCUCUCUCUCUCUCUCUCUCUCUCUCUCUCUCCCCCUCUCUCUCUCUCUCUCUCUCUGCUUCAUAAUGGAAAGAACAUUAGCCACAAGCCCAACCAGGACGCCCUUCUUAGCCGAUGGAGGGGAGGGGAGCCUCCCCCGUAGCCCCCUCUUGCUCCCAUGCACACCUGCCUGUCCCCGUGGGUCCUUCUCUAACACGUUGCAACGGCAUUUUCCUUUUUAAAAACUGUACCUUCAGCCUUCUUAGGGACACACGGCACUUACCAAGGGCCAUCGUUCAUCCAAGGCUGUUGCCGUGGUAACGCUGCCAAAUUCUGCCAAAACGCGGGACUCCGUCCCUCGCACCUGCCCCCCUUGCGCCCCCCCCCAUUUCCUGGUGGCGGGCGUGUGUGCCGUCUCGGUCACUCCUGUGACUGCCACGCGGGCGGUGCCCUCCAUCCCGUCGUCCCCGGGGAUUCUUGGCGAGUCUCACGUCCACGCAGGUCAGUUUGCCUUUGACUAGGUUAUUCUCCGGGGGAACUGGACGGACGGGGCCGGGCUUCCCUGGGCCACCUCCCCACCCCCAACCACCUCCUAGCCCCAGGGACUCUGCCGCAGACAGGCCCUUUGAGGGAGCAAAGGUAACUCAUGUUCUAGUCUCCUGCCCCCCCCCAGGGCCCCUCCCGGCCCCCGAGGACGCAGAGGAGCAGGGGUUCCCCGGGACAGAGCCCAGCGGUUCACGCAGGUUUGCGAGCAAAGCAAUGCAGACACCUCCCCCCACCCCCACCCCCACCCGUCUCGGGGAGGGCAGUGCGGGAUGCAAGCUGCCCCAGCCUUUGACAUGUUCCGUUCCCAGGACUCCGCGGGUCCUGCGGUUCUAGGUCAGACCCGGAACAUUUGCGUACACAUUGGUCUUUCACGUCAUCACUUUGAUAACUUUUUUACGGUUCAGAUCCUCAUCUAUACGUCUGUACAGAAAAAAAAAGAAGACGGCUGCUAUUUUUAUUUUGUAGUUUUCGGUUAUCUUUGUGGAUCUAUUCUAUGAAAACUUUCAGGUCUCCCUCCUUCCCUCUCUGCUCUCUCUCUCUAAGCUUCUGCUUUCGACUAGAGGCGUCUCUUCCUCUCUCCCCAGGAAUGGGCUCUCGUAGAUCGGCGUUUGCCAUGAACUGCCUGUGAUGCCUUUUCAUAACUCCGCACCCCCGCUCUCUGCUUCCCCCCCGGCCCCCUGCUAGAUCUGUUACAACCUGUAGGCUCUGUGGGCACGAGGCUGGCUGGCGAGGGAGGCGGGUGGAAACGGGGUCCCUUCCCCCGCCCGCCCUCCCUCCCUCGCCCGGCAUUGGAGUCUGUUACUGUGCCAGCCGUAGACAACCUCAGGUCCCAACACAAAGGUCAAGUACUUCCCACGCCUGUUCAGUGUUCCUCGUCGUCGCCGUGGGAAAGAGACCCCCCGCCCCCUUUCCCCGGCCCCUUCCUUUUGGAUGUGACACACACCUUUUGUAAUUUUUAUGUUUUAAUUCUCGGGUACAACAGCAGUUUGAACUGCAGAUACUAGUCAUUUGAAUUACAUUUCUUUUUUCUUUUUCUUUUUUUUAGUGGAUAUUUAAUCCUUCCAUCCUACAAAAAACAGCUGCUAAAUCUAAGGGUGCAGUGGAGGGUGGUCAGUGGCGUGCCGCCGCCACCCUCCAGACCGACCUACCUGUCUGUCCUGAGAACCAGGAAACCCCCAGAAACCCCGUCCGCACGGGGCGCCAGGGGCUGCUGGGAGAGGGCCAGGCUGGGGCGGCGCCCCCAGUGGCCCAGGAGCCCCAUGCUCACCCCAGGGGACCAGGGCCCUGGCACACUUGCCCUGGGCCGGGAAACAAGUCCUCAGGGCCCCGGCGUCUUUUGUUGCGGUUUUUUUUUUAUUAUUAUUUUGUUUUGUUGGUAUUUUUAGCGCUUCUCACCAGAGCGAUUGACAUAGGACCGCACAGAGUUGCUUCUGGGAUGGAAAACGUUUAAGUGAUGAGUGAGAACAAAGCUCAAGUAGGGUGAUGGCUAGUCGGGAUUGGAGAGGAGACACAAGAAGGAAAAUUCGGAGUCGUUUCAGCCCCAGGAUCGUCUCUAGCCCCCGUCCUCACCGUUCCUUCCCCUUCAGAAACUGCGUCCAAGAGAAAGGUUCAUUGAGGAGGUGUAUGUAGGAGUUUGCAUUUAAUUUCCGAUUCCGGUUUCAGUCGCUGAGAGAGCAGCUCGGCCCCCUGAUGGGUUUCGAUACUGACACGAGGGGUUUCCGUGCGUAAGAAGGGACAGUUUUUAUUUUUGGGGGUUUUUAUUUUUUUAUUUUUUCAAACAUGUAUCUACCUCACACUUCUUUUUUAUAUGUGUAUAUACAACAAGGAAUACAUCUCACAUUUCUCAGCACCUGACAAUACGCCAUGGGUACCGGUACCUCAUCCGCGCACAGGCCGCACACGCCCGUGACCGGGGCCAGGCCAGGCUGCAUUCCGGGGCCGCAGCUCGCUUCCCGCCUCUCCCUCCUGUCCGACGGCUUGCCUCUCCCUGCGCUGUCUCCUCUGGCCUUGCUCUCUUCUUCUUCUGACUCGGUUCCCUACGAGGUUGUGAGGUGUCAGGAUUCCCCCCUCUUGGCCCAGUGUCCCCCACUCAGCAGGGAGGUGAGGGGAAAAGCCCCCCCCACACCCCCCAGCAGCUCAGUGGGAAGGAAGGCCCCUCGGCUAUCCCAGCCGGUUGUCCUUGAACCCAGUUGCUUUGUGCGGACGGAAUGGCGAGCCCCUUCCGUCCCUGGAGCAGUGGUUUCGGGAUUUAGGGGCCGGAGGCGGCCAGGGGCGGCCGUCUCUGUUAGCUCUCACCUGCUAGGCAUGGGUGGGGGCCGGCUCCAUCGGGCGCCACGCUGGCUGCCCUGGACGGGGCCUGUGCCAGGCGGCCGGAUGGUCCCUGUGAGCCAGGCACUCGGAGAGCCCCGUCCACCAGGCCUCCUGUCGAGAAUAGGAGGUUCCUACCUCCCAGCCAAUCCCUUCCAGAAUGUUCUGUGGAGAAAAGUCCCCGUCCCCCAUCUCCAGAAUGUUCUCUGAAUUCCCCCCUCCUUUCCUCCUCCCUCCCAGGGGGAAACAAAGAUGUACCAAGCCUUCGGGCUGGAGGGGGGCGGUGCUAGGCGCCAAGCCUCCUUCUGGGGUGUCGGGGUGUCGCACCUCCCACCAGGCCUUGCCUCUGUCCCGCUGCUCACGGGGGUGGAUGGCGUUACCCGGUUCCAACAGCUGCUCUCAGGCCCUGGUGAUGUGAUCUGGGCGACACGACUCGGGGAAAGCGUUCCGAAAAGUUGGGGGCGGCUCUCCCCUCCCGCAGGGACACCCCUCCCCUCUCCCCACGCCCUUGGGACCUCGAGGUCACCGAGAAAUGCUAUCUGAUGGGGGUUCCCCUCACCCACGCUGCCGGGGGACCCCCCGGGUUGGUGGCCUCCCCUCUUUUGCACAUACCUUCCGGUUCCCAGGACUGGACGCAUCCAGUCCAUCCAGGCCGGUCCCAAGGGGUCUCUUCUCGUUCCACGCGUCCGAGCUGUCGGUGUGGUCAUGUUAUCGUUUGACGUCGGUGGUUUUUCUUUGAGUAGAAAGCAAACACUAACCAGUCGUAGUGCGCAUCGUAACCAAUGCUUCCGCGGCGCUGCAGUUAGAGAAACAAACGCUUGCUUGCGUGAGGGUGCGGUCAUCCUACUGGACCAAGCCACCCCGGGACCCGCCCGCGAGGCCGGGGUCCCCCCUCCCCUUGAUUUUUUUUUUUUUCUCUCUCAUACGCUCCGAAUAAUUCACUCGAGCCGAACUGGGGCAUUUCCCACGCGGCCUCCUCCCGCCAGCUGCUCCCGCUGCUCGAAGCCGCUCGGACCACGGCGCAUCAUGGAGCCGCUGUGAGGUCCGCCACCGCCAAGCGCGCACCGCGCCCUCCCCGGCGCAGCGGGAGCGAAGCCGGCCUGUUCUGGAGACGCUGUCCAGGCCCCGCGGGGCGAGGCCCGGCCACCCAGGUCUCCUUUACGGGGUGUCGUGAUGUUGGACACCCAGUUGAGAUGAGCUUCCUUGGAGGAGGAGGAGGCGAGAAGAUGGGGUUCACGGCCAACGCUGGCCUCCCCUUCCAGCCCGUUUCUCGUGGCGCGAACGAGGUUUCCAAGGUCAGAGAAGCGGCUGGGGAAAAAGAAGAGUUUCUGGUGGAACUGCCGACUGGCAAGAUGGCUUGGUAGGAACUGGUUGGUGUGUUCUGGCGGGCGCCACGCAUUCACGAGCCAAGUCCGGUGCCAAAUCCCAGGCCAGUGGGUUCCACCGACGCCUUUCUCGGCAGCCCACCUCCGUUGGCGGGUGGGCGCGUGGCGCAGGCCACCCGAGCUCCAGGGGCCAGAAGGCGAGGAUGCGCGGUCCAAGGUCCGAGCGGCCAGAGGAUGGAAGGCAGCUCCUUCCCAAGUCGGAGGCCCCUCCCCGGGGGCAGCAGCCCUGGGCGCCCUGCCUGGGCCCGUCCCGGGGGCGCACGCGCGGCCUGGGGCCCGUCCUCCGGUCCAUGUUGCCUCUGUGCGCGGCGGCCGUCGCUCCGUCUCCCGGGCUCCGCAGCGCCGGGAGAUCCGGACCGGAGACCCGCUCUUCGAAAGAAGCGGCGAUGAAAGGCCCAUGUCCUCGCUCCAGUCGGGACACAGUCGCUGCCAAUGAGACCGAGAAAGGAUGCCGCUUUGGACCGAACCUCUCUGUUACAGCCGGCGAUGCUGAAGAUACAGAGGACAGGCCCGAGGGGGUCACGCCUGGCCCCCAGCUCGGAUGACAGAGCCGGUCCUGCGGAGAAGAAGCGGGUGGACGCUCCUGGAUGGAGGGAAGAGCCGAGCCGGCGGGAGGACACCUCCGUGGCGGAGAGAAGAAUGGCGAGCGCCAGGGCGCGGGGCCCGGAAGGAUGGACGGUUUCUUGAAGGCGUGAGACCAGGGCCAGGCUCGGGAGGCCUCCAUGGGCAUUUGUCUUCAGCAGACACCCCGGCGCCCUGCGUGGGGGACUGUGAUCGGAGUUCAGUCCAAUCGUCGGAGGACACGAACCCCACAUCACGCCCGUCAGUGGUCGGCUCGGGGGCAUGACUUUAGGGUUUUCUUUUUGUCGUUUAAGCAAGAAUAUGAUUACUCAUCUAUAUUUUUUGUUGGUUUUUUUUUUGAUUACUCAUCUAUAUUUUUUUGAGUUUUUUGAUUACUCAUCUAUACUUUUUUGUUUUUUUUGAUUACUCAUCUAUAUUUUUUUGGUUUUUUUGAUUACUCAUCUAUACUUUUUAUUGGUUUUUUGAUUACUCAUCUAUAAUUUUUUUGUUGGUUUUUUUGAUUACUCAUCUAUUUUUUGUUGUUGUUGUUUUUUGAUUACUCAUCCGUAUGGCCACGUUGGUGUGUGUCCUCAUUUUUCUGGUCAGCAUUCUUUUAAUUACUCACACAGCAUUUUCAGUAGGGCUCAUGUCCAGUAGAUACGGGUAGUCAGUCGACGAAGAUCUGGUUUACAAGAACUAAUUCAACGUUUCAUUGCAUUUUUGUAAGGACAUAGAAUAAUUUUAUACAACGUUUGUAGUCCGUAAUCGCCGAAAUAAUUUAAAGACACUUGGGUUUCUCCGUGCAAAUGUAUGCUCGUGAUCCAUUUAUUAUUUUUUUUUAUAGGACACCUGUUUACUAGCUAGCUUUAUGAGAUGCCAAAAAUGCAUUUUCCCUGCCCCCAAGCCCUGCAUAACUCUUUUUACAUCCCCCCACCCCCACCCCACGCUUCAGGCCCUCGUUUAUAGCAAAGGAUGGAUGGCGAUUUCAGUAGUUCUGUAUCUUCAGUAUCUUGGUCUUCCCGAACCUUCUGGUUGGGGAGGGGAUCAUCAUUUGCUGGUCAUUUAUCUUUGGAGUGUAGCUACUUUAAGAGACUGAAGGAACCUCACUGGCCAAGGAACCAGCGAGGGUGCUGCCGCCCAGCGGUGCCCGGCGGUGCGCCCGGCACUCGGCAUCUGGUGCGGCUGUUGCCAUGGUUGCGGGACGCCUCGCGAUGGAGCGGUUGACAGCACAGCUCCGCAGCGUCACAGCGCGGGCCGCACGCAGACUUAUCACGCAAGACGGUAAUUCUGGUGCCGGCAGACUGUUCGCUUACAUGCCUCAUAUUAUGAUUGAUGCUUUGUUAUAUAACCAGAGACUCUUAUUUUUUAAGGCACAACACCGAAGAUACAUUUUUCCAAUACAAAACAAAGUUGAAUAAAAACUACACACACACACACAAUUUUUUUAAAGUCUGACUCCAUUUCCUCUUGCGCCCAGUGGGUUAUGGGCCACGUCCACACAAUGCCACAAAAGCCCCACCAUUGCUAACGGGGUGUUUUGCACAACAUGGGAGAAAGGUCCAGAUACAGUAUUUUCUGUUUGCAACUUGGCAUUCGGAUGUUUGGUGUUGCGUAGACGCGUCCACAGGUGGAAUAGAUGCUUGGCAAAAACACCUGUGUGCUUUGUAAGCCAGUGGGGUUGACAUGAGGGGUUUGCCAGAGUUUGUCCUCUGGGAAAAAAUGUUAAAAAAACAAACAAAAUCAAACCAGAAGGCGCGAUGAAAUGGAUGUAUUGCAGAUCAUUUAUUUUCUGAGUUCUCUUGUUUAAAAAAAAAAAAAAGUUUUUUAAAAUGUUUUUAAAAACCGGUAAUUGACACAGCCAAUUUGUUACGUAAAAUGACUUUCUGUGUACAAAUUAUUCCUAAAAACUUCCUGUUUAUAUACAAAAAAAAUCAGUAGCUAAAAAAAAAAAAUUUUCAAAAUGGUUUUGUAUACUCCAUUGUAAGAAUUUAUCCCUGUUAUCGCGAUAUACUCUGGAUUCUUUACAUUACGGGGGGGUAAAAAGAAACUAUUUUGAAUGGCUGAAGCUAAUGCGACUUUAGUUUAUCUUACUCUGCUUUUUUCUAGUAGUUCAAGUAUUACACGGUUUACGUUCAAUAAAGGAAUUCAGUAUGCA